AUGGCUACACCAAUUCCUUCUGUCAGCGCACUGCGCAUAUUGCGUCAGUCCAUACGUUCUCAAAGCUCGCAGAAUCUUCAGAGCACACACCAGGUCCGCCACGCGACACUCCUCCGACGACCGAAGCGCCCAUAUACCUUCACGCAAUUGAUCACCCUCUCCGAUGGUUCAACCUUCGUUCACCGUACUACGUCGCCCGCUCCCGUAUACAAAUCUACAAAAGAUAUCAAAAACACGCCUUUGUGGAAUCCUUCGAGCCAGAAGCUGUUGAACAUAGAAGAGGAUGAAGCCGGAAAGUUGGCGGCUUUCAGAAGCAAGUUCGGACGGGGUUGGGAUGCAGAGAGCUCAGGUAGCGCUGGAGAUAAGGGAUCGGAUCAUCUUCUGGACCUGAUCAGCGCACAAAAGAAAGAGAAGGUAGCGAAGAAAGGGUCUGGGAAGAAGCCAUCUGCAGCUGCUGCUUCGAAGGCGAAGAAAUAG